AUGGGGAGAGCAGUGGAUGUUGUUUACCUGGACUUCAGCAAAGCGUUUGACCCUGUUUCCCACAGCCUCCUGCUGGACGAACUGGGGGAGUUGCUGAGUCCAUGUCGAUGCGACGGAUCAGUGAAGUGCACGCACCAGCCAUGUCUGAUUAAAUGGAUUAGCGAGAGAGGCUGCUGGAGCUGUGAGCUGUGUUACUACAAGUAUCACGUCAUUGCCAUAAGCACAAAGAACCCUCUGCAGUGGCAGGCCAUCUCUCUGACAGUCAUUGAGAAAGUUCAGAUAGCAGCGGCCAUCCUGGGUUCCCUCUUCCUCAUCGCCAGUAUCUCGUGGCUCAUCUGGUCGACCUUCAGUCCUUCGGCCAAAUGGCAGCGCCAGGACCUGCUCUUCCAGAUCUGCUAUGGAAUGUAUGGCUUCAUGGACAUUGUCUGUAUAGGUCUAAUAAUACACGAAGGGCCCUCGGUUUACCGGAUUUUUAAACGGUGGCAGGCGGUCAAUCAGCAGUGGAAAGUGCUGAACUAUGACAAAACAAAGGACAUGGAGGAACAAAAAACAGGGACGAGGACAAAUCAGCGCCCCUCCUCCCAAACCACCCACUCGUCCUCCACUGGUGGUACAGCCACUAACUCCGCUCCAGCCGACAGCGGGGCACGGGCUGCCGGCCAUGCCACAGGCACCCUCUCUGACCACCACUGUGCUUAUACCAUCCUGCAUAUACUCAGCCACCUGAGGCCUCACGAACAGAGGAGUCAGUCUAGUAGUAACAGAGAGCUCGUCAUGAGGGUCACGACGGUCUGAGCCGAGGAAUUCAGGAGGCCUUAACACAAAGCGGAGGAGACAAAGAACUCAUAAAGCAGAGGAGCAUGGUGUGCCUUUUUCUUUCUCUUUCCUUUUCUUUUUUUCUUUUUCUCUUUUUUUUCCUCCUCUCCUUUUCUUUUUCGGUAACUGCACAAGAUAUAAGAGGCGGCACCUGGCCAGCUGAGGAAAAAAGCAGGUGGAGGGAGAGCUGCACACUCAUGCUAAAGAGGUUAAUGUUUUCCAGCCAGUU